AGUGCCUGUUAAAGAUCUCGAUCCAUGCUGCUGUGCGGUUUGUUUGGAUCCACUGCGAGAUCCUGUUACUAUUCCCUGUGGACACAGUUUCUGUAUGAGCUGUGUCGGGGGCUGUUGGGAUCAGGCGCAGCUGGAGGUGUACCGCUGCCCCCAGUGCCGCCAGACUUUCACCCCAAGACCUGUUUUGAAUAAAAACACCAUAUUGGCCGAGCUGUUGGAGAAACUGAUGGCUACACACGUCCAGUCGGAUGCGCAUGCGCUUCCCUAUGCAGCACCUGGCGAUGUAGAGUGUGACGUUUGCACAGGGAGGAAACUCAAAGCCGUCAAGUUUUGUCUUGUGUGCGUGGCCUGCUACUGUGAAGCUCACCUUCAACCCCACUACCAGUCCGCGGCGUUUAAGAGACACACGCUCACCAAAGCCGCCCCCAAGCUACACGAGAGCAUCUGCCCUCAACACAACCGGCAGCUUGAGGUGUUCUGUCAUACUGAUGCGAAAUGCAUCUGUGCUUUAUGUAUCUUGGAUGAACACCGGGGCCACGACACCGUCUCCGCGGCCGCGGCCAGGGCUGCAAAGCAGAAACAAUUUGAGGAAAUAAGGGGGCGGUGCGGUGCCAGAGAGGAGGGGUGA